UAAUCCAAAAUACCCCGGUUUGCCGAAAACUUCAAACGAAUUAAUUUUAGAAUUGAUUCCAAUUAACUAAAAAUGACAAUCAGGUGCUGAAAAUUGUAAUGAAAGUGACGUCACGACAUGAAUUCGUCACGCAGUCUACCAUUAUUGAUUCCGGUCUAGUUUCACCGCCGGACUAAAUUCAUCAUCAGUUCUUCGUUUUCCAAACACAAAAUUUGUGCGAGGUGUUUGUGGUCAAAAGACAUGAAUGGCACCGUGCUGAAUAGAAUUCUACGAGGUCAAAAAGAAAAAUUAGAAUGUCACGUUUUAGUGAUAUAUGUUGGAGGAACUAUUGGAAUGAUGAAAAAUGCAGAAGGAGUUUAUGCACCAAGUUCGGGUACCAUGGUAGCCAAAAUGCGUUCCGAUCCUAAGCUUCAUGACCACAGUUACAUGACCAAAAGAAACGAAAUUGAGACAGCUCAUCCAUACCCGACCUUAGUUUUACCUGAAGUUCAUCGAAUGCGCAGAAUUGUUUAUUCGGUUUACGAAUAUGAUCCUUUGAUUGAUUCAUGUAAUGUGACAUCUUCUCAUUGGGAUAAAAUUGCUACUGAUAUUUAUAAAAAUUAUGAAUUUUACGAUGGAUUUGUUGUACUGCAUGGCACCGAUACUUUAUCUUAUACUGCUUCAGCUCUCUCAUUCAUGCUUGAAAAUCUUGGAAAAUCAGUCGUUAUCACUGGAUCACAGAUCCCUAUUUACGAAACCAGGACAGAUGGCAGCGAUAAUUUCAUUGGGUCUUUGAUUAUUGCCGGCAAUUUCACUAUUCCUGAAGUUACUGUAUUUUUUCACAAUAAAUUAAUGCGUGGCAAUAGGACAAUCAAGUUUAGUUCAAAUACACUCGAUGCAUUCACAUCACCAAAUGCUGCUGAAUUGGUCACUUUAGGCACUGAAAUCAUCGCCAACUACGCACUGAUGAAUUACGAUGAAAUUUUUUGUUACGUGAAUAUGGAUAAAUUCACCAUUCAAACGAGAUUGAAUGAAAAUGUUGGCCUAUUACGAAUUUUUCCCAACAUAUCUCUGCACUUGGUGAAAUCGUUCCUACACUCUGAAAUGGAUGGCAUUGUUUUGGAAACCUACGGGUCCGGAAAUUUCAUCUCCAAUCGUAAAGAUUUGAUUGUAGAAAUAAAGAAUGCUGUCAAGAGAGGAGUAAUCGUUGUCAACUGCACCCAGUGUUACACUGGCAAAGUGCAUAGUAAUUAUGCCACUGGCCAAAUUUUGAGCUCUGUUGGAGUUUUAUGUGGUUACGAUAUGACUUCUGAAGCAGCACUGACUAAAUUAUCGUACGUUCUGACGAAGAAUGAAUGGAGUUUGGAGAAGAAGAAGGAGAUGUUUUGCACCGUCUUAAGAGGAGAAAUGAGCACAGAGAGAAUAAAAACUGAUAAAGAUAAUAUCAACUUGAUGGACGUACUCGGAAGUUCCUUAGGAUUAUCAUCGAAACGUGAAGUUAUGGAAUUAAGUAAUACUAUAUUCCCAGCCCUAGUCACAAAUGCUGUAGUUAAAGAAGAUAUUAGUCAACUAGAUACUCUCAAGUCAUGUGGAGCGAACUUGAAUGCGCCGAAUUAUGAUCACAGAACAGCUCUGCAUGUUGCUUGUUGCGAAGGAAGUAUUACAAUGAUAAAUUAUUUACUCCAUAAUGGAUGUUUACUUCAUGUAAAGGAUAGAAAUGGUCGUACUCCUCUUGCCGAAGCUGUGCUUCACGAUCAUCAUGAAGUUAUCAAAUUCCUUAGAAAGUGUGGAGCUCAUUUUGUCGGUUGCCUGAAAUAUAUUGGAGAAGAACUGUGCAGUGCUGCAGCUCAAGGUUUAGUCGAAAGAUUGGAAUCUUACUACUUGGCUGGAAUUGAUUUAAAUAGUCCGGACAGAAGUGGACGUACUGCUUUUCAUAUGGCUGUGAUAACUAACAAUAUAAAAGUUGUAGAGUAUUUAUUGAGUCGCGAAGUCGCGCCCAAAGUUCAAGAUAGAUUUGGUCAAACAGCUUUGGAAAACGCCGAAUCGCUUAGAAAUACAGACAUUUUAAAAUUACUGUCCCCAUGAAAUAAAAUCAUCAGUUACUUACAAAAGUUACCCAUAUAUUGUUACAUUUUAGGCCUCAGUAUUUUUUAUAUUUCUCUUGUUUUUAUUACAUUUUUCCCUAAU